AUGAAGAAAAAUUUUGCUCUCAUCGUGGCUGCUACAGAAGAACUCGGCAUUGGCGUCAAGAGCAACUUGCCAUGGCGUCUUCCAAAGGAUAUGGCCUUCUUCAAGCAGGUGACAAUGCACGUUCCGAAGGGAAUGCCGGCUGAUGCCAAGAAUGCGGUCAUUAUGGGUCGCGUCACAUGGGAGUCGAUUCCACCCAAGUUCCGUCCGUUGGCUGAUCGUAUCAAUAUCGUCAUUUCACGGGAUGCAAGCUACGAUGUUGAAGGGAAGGCUACGCUUCUUCAUAGCUUGGAGGAUGCAUUGACGAUGGCGUCGGUUGAAGCACAAGGACGCAUUUUCGUGAUUGGAGGUGCACAAAUCUAUCAGUUGGCAUUACAACAUCCUGAAUGCACGCAUAUUCUUCUCACUCGUGUACGAUCCAAGGUUGAUUGUGAUACGUUUUUCCCAGCAAUUCCUGAAGACAUCUUUCGAUUGGCAUCCCAUGAAGAAUUAGAAGCCUAUGCUGAACAUCAAGUACCCCAGGGCAUUCAGACACACAAGGACAUGCAAUACGAGUUCACUCUAUAUAUCCGUCGUUCAUUAUAA